AUGCAAAAAAACUCCAAACAAACAAAAACGCAGGGGCCCGGCGGCUCCGCACUCCUGGAGGAGCAGGGGCCCAGUGGCUCGGCUUUCCUGGAGGCGCAGGGGCCUGGCGGCUCAGCUUUCCUGGAGGUGUGGGGGCCCGGUGGCAUGGCACUCCUGGAGGUGCGGGGGUCCAGCGGCACAAUGCUCCUGGAGGCACAGGGGCCUGGCUGCUUGGCUUUCCUGGAAGCUGGUGCCCAGGUGCUGAAAAACGUUGCUGAUGCCUGUGAAGGAAUCUGGUCAUCCGCCAGUGAACUGCAGCUGCGUCGGGGGUGGAACUUGUUGGCUGUUUGGAACAGGAAGGACGCCACACCCAGGGGGAACGGCGAGGGAUUAUCGCUCCACUUGUCGGUGCAGGAUAACUGGGAUGUGGAGGAGUUUGUCUCAAAGGUGUGCAUGGGCAGGUUUCUCACUCAUCCCGCCUUUAAAAUCACGCUUGCCGCACUCAUCAUCGGCAACGUGCUCAUCAUUGCUAGCCGGACGGAGAUGGAGGUCGAAGAGAAAUACUAUGGGUUGUUCUCUGCCAUCGAUAACGUUGUCCUGACUGUCCUUACCUGUGAGGUGCUUCUCAACUGGUACUAUGGAUUCCAGCUGUACUGGAAGGACGGUUGGAACGUCGUCAAUUUUUUUAUCGUGGCAUGUCUCUGCGUGGGGCCUUUCAUCCCUGUGCUGAACAACCAAAAGAUUUUCUGGGUCCUCAGGGUGAUGAGGCUGAUGCAGGUCUGCACGCUGGUCAAGGGGCUGGCCAGGAUGAUCCGGGUGAUCCUACAGUCCAUCCCAGACAUGGCCAAUAUCAUGGCCCUGCUCUUUGUCAUCAUGCUGGUCUUCUCAGUGUUCGGAGUGACACUUUUUGGAAAUCUGGUCCCGAUGUACUUUGGAAAUCUAGGGGCAGCUUUGUAUUCGCUCUUCAUCUGCCUCACGCAGGAUGGAUGGAUAAACAUAUAUGAGACCUUUGAGGAAGAGGGGAUCACCAUGAAAAUAGGGGGUGCCCUUUACUUUUUCAUCUUCAUCACGGGUGGGGCCUUUAUCUGCACCAACCUGCUGGUGGCUGUGGUGACGUCAAACCUGGAGCAGGCGAUGCUCGCCUACGCUGAGCAGAAGCAGAAAAGAGACCAGCUCCUCCACCCUGACAAGUACGUGGACCGGGAGUCCGAUGUUGGGGAUGAUGUCUCAUCUCCGGAGCUGAACCUGGUGCAUUUGAAAGCAGUGAUGCAGGAUACCCCCAUGACGCAUCGCCAAAUGCCGCUGACGUACGGCAACCUGGGCAACCUGACUGAAGCUACCUGUGACGAUUUCUGUCUCAUCUUGGAAGGGAUUCAAGAGAACCUGAAACGAUACAAAGAGAUCCGGGAUGAGCUUAGCACAAUAGUCAAGGAGGUGAGGUCUAUUGCGUUCAAUAAAGAACAGGAGGAGGAGAGGGUGCUGCGAAACAUCCAGAACACCAACAUCUCUGAUGGCCUGCUUGGCAACGAGGUGGCUGCUGGGAGGUCUGGAGAUAUCCUGUCCACGCUGAUGACUCUGGAGAAGGUGAACAUGAUUGACCCAGAGGAUGUCACGUCAUCAGGGUACCACAGGGGGGCAGUGAAGCUGGCCUUCUUGAAAGCCCGACGCCAUUCUCUUCCUAACCAGUCAGUGCCUCCUUAGCUGUGCCAGAGCAGGACCAUGGAGCUGCGAGUGGGAAUCUGCCCCCGGACCGUGGAGCUGUUAGUGGAGCUGUGGCAUAAAUGCUUCUUUUGUAACGGGGGGGAUUUAUUUGCUUUACGGAGGAGACGCUUCUGUCUUUGGGAUGCCGAGGAGCGAGUGUGGACAAGGGGUCGGAGCUCCAAGGAGCACGUGCCAUGAAAUACCAGCUUCUAGUCGGACAAAGCCAGACCUGGAGGAGUGGCAGGAGACAGGGCUGGCUUGGAUUAAUGCCAGGUCUGUCAUGUUUGCUGGGUCCAUUGGGAUGACUCUGAUGUGGCCUGGACUAUCUCUUGGAUGAAGACCAUGUCCAGCAUAUUCAUGGUUUGGUGCCUCCAAAGCACAAAGCAAAGAACAUCAGGGAGAGAAGAGUUGCUGCAGAGCCUGUGGUCAGAACUUCGGCUCCCACCCUCUUUCCCAGAGCCCCUGUGAGAACAGAGCCAUCCAGGUGGUAAGAGCAGGGAUGCAGGAUGAAGCAUUGGGAGUUCAUGCUUGUGCCUGUAAAAGGAGCUUCUCUUGCAGCAUCAGGAAUGGAUGCAAUGUCUAAAUCUGGGAAAUGUGUGGUGGAGCAGAAGAUGUGUCCAUAACGUUGUCCUGGCUGGUGCCUCCUCAAGACUCUACCGACAAGCAGCUACCUGCCAGUGCAGGACUAGUUUGCACAGGCCAUGCCCUGUGCAGUGAGUGGAAAAGGGCUGAGGAAAUUAUUUUGCACUUUUAAUACCUAUUGUCAAGUUCUGGACCAUGUUUCCUAUCUUGGCUGCUCAUGCUGGUGAGUGACACAACCCGGUGAGGUGCUGACAUGUCUCCUGGAUGGGAUCGUUUGACAUUUCAAAGCCAGGAGGUGCCACAUCUGCGUUUCCCACCCAGCGCUCUCCAAACUUCAGGUGCAGAAGGCUGUUGCUCUGAUUCAGCUGUAUCUGCCCCCAUGUUUGCUGGGCUGGAUGCACUCCAGCACUCAUGUAACCUUGCAUUAAAAUGAGCAGUGUCUGAGGAAGGUAGCUGGUGCCAGCAUAUUUGAGACUAAUACUUCUCAAGAAACAUGUAGCUUGUGUUGAUCAGGUGUGAUGCUUGUGCUGGUCUCGGAUGAAUGAUCAUAAUAAAGAGCAUCGAGUGGUGUUUCCGUGGCCGUUAUGUUCUGUGGCAAAGUUCCUCCUCUACCUUGGUGGGUCCUGUGCUUAUUGGCAGAU